ACCAGCCGGGGCUAAACACGUGUCGCGACUCGUCCCGUCGGGACCGGGAAAAAGUCCAAAAAGUGAAAGCCGACCGACCAAUCUUCCUUCUCUGACGGAGCAUCAUCGUCCGACAGGGGCGGGGAACUUUUCUCGUCGUCGUAGCACAUAAAAGGGCAGCGAGAGUGACUAGUGUUGCAGAGAGACCAUACGAGCUAGAACAUGGCGUCAAAAAAGAGGCAAGAGAAGCCGCUGAACUCGCUCUUUGCGGGUGCCGUGGCUGGCGCUGUCGAAGGCUUUGCGACAUACCCCACCGAGUUCGUCAAGACACAAGCGCAAUUUGCAGUGGCAUCUGGCUCCGGGCCGCCGGGACCAAUUACCAUCAUCAAAGAUACCCUGGCCCGUCAUGGUGUUCGAGGCCUCUAUGCCGGCUGCAGCGCCCUCGUUGCAGGCAAUGCCGUCAAGGCCGGCGUUCGUUUCCUCUCCUAUGACAGCAUCAAGCUGGCGGUUGCAGACAAAAACACGGGCCAACUUUCACUUCCUCGCUCCAUCGCUGCAGGGUUUCUGGCAGGCCUGUGUGAAGGUGCUUUCGCCGUGACGCCCUCGGAGGCCAUCAAGACACGGCUCAUCGAGGAUGGCAAGCGGCCCAGGGAUCAAAGACAGUACAAGGGACUCAUCAGUGGAUCGGCGGCCAUCAUUCGAAAUGAAGGUCUUGCGGGCAUCUACAAGGGUCUGGGUCCCACGAUGAUGCGUCAAGGCGCAAACUCUGCCGUCCGUCUCACCACCUACUCGUCUCUUCGAACCCUGGCAACAAAGGACGGGCGGAAACCCGGCGGCGUAGAAACAUUUGGCAUGGGCGCCGUGGCCGGUAUCGUGACAGUGUACGCGACGAUGCCGUUUGACGUCGUCAAGACGCGCAUGCAGUCCGAGAGCGCGAGCCAGUACAAGGGCGCCUUCGACUGCGUGGCCACAAUGCUGAGGCAGGAGGGCGUCCGGCGCUUCUGGAAGGGCACCACGCCCAGACUGACGCGGCUCAUCCUCAGCGGUGGAAUCGUCUUUACAGUCUACGAGGCCAUUCUCGACAGCAUGGCAGUCAUCGAAGGCAAGGCAAAGGAGGUGGCGCCGGCCGUGGUCAAGAGUAGCUAGCUGAUGUUGCCAAAGUGGCGGACGUGGUGCAAUGGCAAUUAAUAUGAAAAAGAGAAGGCAAGAGUCCUACAUGGCUACACGGUAGAGAUUGUCUU